AACUUUAAAGCACGUCCCAAGUGCAAUCCAAACAAUAGUAAUAAUAAUAGUAAUAGUAAAAAUACUUUAAGUAGAAAUUUAGAUAAAGAAAAUAGUUUAGUUAAUCAUAAUCAACAACAACAACAUCAAAACCAGCUUACUAAUAAUAAUGGCCAAGUUUUGAACAACGUUCCUGUUGCCAAUGAUAAAAAUAAUUUAAGUUCCAAUAGUCGAAGUAGUAGUAGUAGCAAUAGCAGAUCAGAAACAAAUAGAGAUAGUAGUAGUAGUAGCCCGAGUAGUAUUAGCAUUAGUCAAAAUAAUGGCCAUAUUAGUAAUAGCAAUAGUAAUAGUAAACAUACAAGUAGCAAUAGCCACCACAGUGACAGUUUAAUAACAAGUAGUAUUAGCAAUAGUACAGCACCUCAAACCGGUAGUCACAGAGGCGGCAAGAAAGCGGGGAAGAAACGAAAAUGCCGGCGUUUCGAAAACGAAGAGCAGCACAAUUGCACGACACCGCUAAAUCGCCCCACAUCCAUAACGAGGCGUGGCAAUCAGCUGGGACCCAUAAGACAGCAAAAAUGUCGAGAUUUGCUACUGCAACAGCAGCAAGCAGGGGUCCCUGAUAUAGUGCUGCCUCCCAUGUGCACCAAAAAGGGUGGCCCUAAAAACAAACAGCAGGGCAAUAAUAAAAGAGGACAGGGUAAAAACGGUUUGGGUACCGAUGGUUUAGGACCCAAUAAUCGCCGUGGCAAAAAACUAAAUAUGAAUCGAGGAGGUGGUGGUGGCGGCGGGGCCGGAAGACAAGCAGCUAAAAAUAACCAAAACAAUGGUAACAAUAAUAAUGGCGGUUCAAAGAAAAAACAAAAGAAUUCCAAAAGAGGUGGUGUUAACAACCCCAACAACAACAACAAUAAGAAAAACAACAAAAAAGCCUCUGGCAGUCCAACUGAAAAAACCGCCGCCACUUCCACAUCAACGCUAAAGCCAAAAUUCUGGGAAACCACAUCGUUGAUGCCCAGCACCACACUGUUCGAGAACUACGAUCCGCAUGCCGAAACCACCAGCGAUCGUGGCGACAGAGAACAACGCAAUGUAAGAUACUCCAAUUCCAUGGAAGAAUACAUGGAACAAUCAUCGGAAGAUACUUCGGCCGCCGAAGAUCCAGAAGACGAUGAUAACGAUAUGGAGACUAACGACGAAAUGAACGAAGAUGCCAGCUAUGAAGACGAUUCAUAUGCUGUGGCCAGCAGUAGCCAUAUUCCCUAUGCGGCUGCUGAGUCAUCACACACGCCUCUAACGGCGGGAGCAGACGAUUUCCUGUAUUAUGACCAGCUAGAUUUCAAAGGAUGUCACAACGAGUCAAAUGAUAUGCAUUUGUGUGAUGAGGGCUAUUUAGGUAAAUCUAAUUUUGAUCAACGAAAUGAGGAGGAUACCGACAAUGGUCCCUAUAGAAUAUAUCUCCAUGUGUGGUGACAGCAGUAGAAGCGUUAUUUUCUCGAAGUCAUACGACUGAUAUCUCUUGUAAAUUAAAAUAUUUAUUGUAUUUGUAAAUACUAAUGAUGUAAAUAAAUAGUUUAUGUUUAGUUAUGUUUAAUUAU